ACUCUCUUUCUAAUCCUAAAAAACACUGCCCUUUCUCUCAACGUUUCCUCACUUCACUUCUCUCCAAUUUUCUCAGAAACUCUCCAAUGAACCAAACCACAUUAACCCCAAUGUUCUCAGUCCUCUUAGAUUGGUUUGUCAACGACCCAAAAAUCCUUCAUUUUUCAUGGAUUGAAGGCCAAACUCCAGCGUCAUCCCCACAAUUUAUCUCCCUCACUGUUGUCUCUUAUCUCUCUGUCACCUAUUUCCUCUCCCAAAACCACCCCAUCUCCAUUGCACCACCCAUCCUCCGACGAAUCACCAUCGUCCAUAAUCUCAUUCUCAUUAUCCUCUCCCUCAUUAUGGCGGUCGGUUGCCUCCUAUCCAUGUUCUUCCAUGCCCCGAAUUUGCACUAUGUGUUAUGUUACCCGGAAAACGUGGAGCCAAAAGGUCCUCUCUUCUUCUGGGCGUACGUCUUCUACCUCUCGAAGAUUUACGAAUACGUUGAUACGUUUCUGAUCGUCGUGAGUAAAUCGAUGAAACGCCUCUCAUUUCUCCAUGUUUACCAUCAUGCCACGGUGGUGAUAAUGUGUUACAUUGGGAUGCAUACGUCGCAAUCUUCCUUUUCUGUGGUGGUCGUUACGAAUUGUGCGGUGCAUGUGUUCAUGUACUACUAUUACUUAUUAUGCGCAAUCGGAAAACGUCCCAAUUGGAAAAGAUUAGUGACUGAUAUUCAGAUUUCGCAGUUUGUGUUGAGCUUUAUAGACAUGCUCAUCGUUCUCUUUUUCCAUUUCACCGGAUCAACCUGCUCAGGCAUGUGGGGAUUUUGCUUCAGUAUGGCUUUCAUCAUUACACUUUUGGUAUUAUUCAUUGAUUUUCACUCCAAAAAUUAUGACGCCAAAAAAAAAUAAAUAAGAGAUGAUCGAUCGAUGAAGGUAUUUUGACCAGGGUUUUAAAUAAUUUCUGCUGUGUUCUUCGUUAAUGAUAAUUAAUAUUGUUAUGCGAAGUAGAAAAUGAAGCAGUCCAAGUGGCUGGCACAUGAAACUGUUCACGGUUUAAAUAGAUUUUAGGCCAAAUAUUAAAUAUUUGUACGACGUCUCUGAAGAUGGAAUUGAAUAGUGGGUCGAGGCAGAAAUUCUUUAUUGUUGUUUGGUAUAAAUAUUUGUGAUAAUUUGCUGUUUGAAAAAAGGUUGUGUAUGAGAGAGCUUACUAUCAUAUUGUAAUAAUAAUAUUUGAAAUUCUUAUUUCC